AUGGUUUCCGCCCCGCGCUGCAGGGGGCGUUGGAAGAAGCUGCAGGUGGCCAAGCUGCUUGUGAACCUGUUGCUUGUCGUGUACUCUUUCUUGGCUCUGGGCUCGCAGCGCUGGUGCCUGGCGUCGCGUCGGACGGGGGUGGGUUUGAGUGAGGUGCAGGGUAGCAGGCUGCGUCACCUCCUCGCCCUUGCCAAGCAGUGGUGCCGCUCGCCCUGCCAAACGAGCAGCCGUUGCAAGGUGAAGCUGCAAGGGCUUCUCGAAAUCGGACUGCAGAUGCGAGGAGCCGUGCCAGGACAUCGGGUGCGAGCCCCUCCUCCCCUAGCGGUGAUGCCGUUCCUGGCAAGCCGCGUGAUCUUCUGCGAGAAGGAGGCGCACUUCGAUCCCAUCUAUCACCUCCUGGUCUUCGAGGCGGUGGCCAAUCUGGAUCCGUCGCCUGCGGAGCGCGAGAAGCCGUUUGAGCGCGGGCUGCGGCCGAUGCGCCAGGCGGGGAGUCUGGCCGAGAUCGUGGACGUGUCGGACUUCUACCUGGCGUUCGACGCAUCGCCGGCCAAGGCGCGCGCCAACGUCCUGGCCAGGAAGGUGCCGACGCACCUGAUGCAGCAUGCGGGGGCUUGCGCGGCGCGUCGCGCCGAGCUGGGGCGGCGCUGCGUGAUCUGUGUGGGCAGCCUGCUCAUGGGGGACCUGGGCGCUAUCGAUUUCGCCCAUGCUGCCCGCGAGUCGGUGCCGCAGUUCGGCGGCUCGCUCGCCGACGCCGUGCGAGCGCUUGGGCGGUCUUUCGAGGCGGCGCGCGAGCAGUGCGCGUGCGUUGUCCUGGGCGCGGCGGACGACGAGCGCGUGACGGGCCCGACGUCGGGCGUUGCGCUGAGUGCCGAGCUGCAGGUUUCGGGGCGUCUGGGCGCUGAGCGGCUGCGACGGGCUGGUCUGGCUCUCCUGUCCUCUGGCGUCGUCGCGCGCGGCAUCUCCGCUGGGGCGUUGCUCGGGGGGGCCGUUGCCAGCUGGGUGCGCGUGCUUGGCUUCCGACGCCCAGCGAUGUGCUUGCUGGGCGCGGUAUUCCGCGCCCUCCCGGAGGUGCCGCGCGACGACGGCGUCGUCGAGCUGACCUCGAACGCGAGGCAGGAGCUGAUGCUGGCGCCGACGCUGGUCACGAACCUCAAGGCCAAGGUCGUCUCCAAGGUCGUGUGCAGCGACGCGUCGCCCUCGUGCAUGGCCUCGGUCGUGGUGGACGUGGCGCAGCCCAUCGUGCGCGAGGUGUGGAGGCAUCGUGACCAGCGGAGAUGGCAUGCGCAGCUGAGCAGCCAGGAGGUCGCUUAUCUCCGGGCGCACAAGCGCCGGGAGGACAGAGCCUUCUUGCAGAACAUCGACGCGGAGCUGGGGCUGGGCGCCAACGUUCUGCGCGGGAACCUGCUGGAAGUCUUCGACGUGCUUGAGGUCUGUGGCGCUCCUGCGCCUUGGUCCAGUUCGCAUGCCGCCGUCGGGCUGGGCGCGGGGCCGAGGGUUGACAUCGAGAUCCGCCCGCUCUGGGACGUCCGGCCGAUCAGGAUUAUGGAGCGGAUUCGGUGUCUCAUGAUCAACGACCGUGUCGUCCACGUGCAUUGCGCUCCGCCCUGCGCCACCUUCUCCCUGGCUCGGCAGCCGCGCCUCAGGUCACCCGUCUGCAACGUGCUGCUCUUCCGCGCGCUGCAUAUCCUGUGGACGGUGUGCAAGCAUGGCAGGCACGGGGCUCUGGAGCACCCCGCUGGAGCCUACGCGUGGCACAUGGCACCGCUGCGCUGGCUGUUCGGCAAGCCCGAGUGCGGCUUCCUGGGCUACGGUGCCUGCGCCUGCGGCGCGCCCUUCCAGAAGCCGACGAGGCUGGGUCUGGUCCGCGGUGGCCACCUGCAGUUUCUGGCGCGCCCGUGCGUGCAUGGGAGCCUGGCCCAUCGGCGCGCGCUGGUGGGGGCCGCCCGCGCGGCGGCCGCCGCCGCGUGCGCGGAGCUGCUGUGCGCCGCUUUGGCCGAGCUGACGCGGGCUCAGCUGGCUGCCGAGGCGCCCCUGGCCGUCCCAGAGCCGCCGGCGGCCGCCUCGUCUGGGCGCCUGGAGCAGCCUUUCGUCAACGACCUGCUGCGGUGUUGCCAGUGGCGUGGUUUCUGCUGUGAGCCCAGUCCUCCCGCCGCGCGCGUUAACCGCCUGGAGGUCUGCGCGCGCCUGAAGGCGCGCGAGCGAGCGGCCUGGGAGGCGGGCAACGUGAAGUACUUGGACGAGAGGACUCGCGUGCCCAGGCAGCGGCGCGCGGAGUCCGAGUGGUGCCGCCUGGCCCUGAAGCUGGUGCUGACGUGGGCGCUGAUGGACUUCGACAACGCACUGUGCUAUCCUGGCGAGGGCUCCGUUGCGGCGGCCCCACUGUCCGUGAUGUGCGGCCUCGCCGCGACGCUGAUGGGGAUCGCCAAGGGUGCUCGUGUGGCAGGCGAGCGCCCAGCUGUGAGGCCGGCGGUCGACCUUCGCCUGCGGCCGCAGACGGGCGCGCAGACCGCGUGCGCGAAGCAGCUGCUCCUGGCCGAAUUCGAGUCGUGGCUGCUGGCCCUCGAGGGCGGGUCUGCUGUCGCGUUCGUUCCGAACCUGUCGCCGGCCUCGCGAGAGCUCAUCAGGAGCUUCGCCGCUGCGUUGCCCG